CAUCAUUUCCCUUCUCCCCUUCCUAAAAGAGACAAAACACUCUCCAGGAUUCUCUCCUUCUCAACAACACAGAUCUCUGACCGAGCUCAAAAGCCCAAAACUCAACAAAUGGGUUCCGAUGAAACAGCAGCCUCAUCGUCAUCAACAUCUGCCAUCAUCAAUCCCAGUAAGAAACAGGGGUUGGGUUGGAUUGAAUGGGGCCGAGGGUGGUACAAAGUAGUGGAAGAGUUCUUGUUCCAGCGAAUAAUGGCGAGCCAUCUCGAGAACCCAUUGCCUCUUCCGCCGCUCGAUGGGCUUACUUGUAUUGUUACUGGGUCUACUAGUGGGAUUGGACUCGAGAUUGCGAGGCAGCUUGCACAGGCAGGAGCGCACGUAGUGAUGGCGGUGAGGAAGAUUAAGUUGGCGCAGGAGUUGAUUCAGAAGUGGCAGGAGGAGAAGGGUGGGUUGGGGAUGCCGCUUAAUAUCGAGGUGAUGGAACUUGAUCUGCUCUCCAUGGAUUCAGUUGUACAAUUUGCCGAAGCUUGGAAUGCUCGACUAGCACCAUUGAAUAUUCUCAUCAAUAAUGCUGGGAUUUUUUCUAUAGGAGAACCUCAGCGUAUUUCGAAGGAUGGAUUUGAAGAGCAUAUGCAAGUGAACCAUCUAGCCCCAGCAUUAUUAUCGAUGUUGCUUUUGCCAUCUCUUUUGCGUGGAUCUCCUAGUAGAAUUGUUAAUGUGAAUUCCGUUAUGCAUUUUGUUGGCUUUGUGGACCCUAAUGAUAUGAAUGUGACCGCGGGGAAAAGAAAAUAUUCAAGCUUAGUGGGAUAUGCUGGUAGCAAGCUGGCACAGGUGAAAUUUAGCAGCAUCCUUCAAAAGAGGAUACCAGCUGAAGCUGGUGUCAAUGUUAUUUGUGUUACUCCUGGAAUUGUCCUAACUAACGUUGCCAGAGAUCUGCCAAAAUUUCUUAUAGCUGGUUACCGUUUGAUUCCUUAUUUCAUCUUUGACCCCAUAGAAGGAUCAAGAAGCACUCUCUUUGCUGCUGCAGACCCUCAGGUUCCAGAUUAUUGUGCAGUGCUGAAGCAAGAUGAAUGGCCUGUGUGCCCUUAUAUAACGUUUGAUUGUCGACCAAUGAAUGCUUCUGAAGAAGCGCAUAAUCUAGAAACUUCUCAAGAGCUCUGGGAGAAGACACUUGAGAUGGUUGGGCUUCCUUCAGAUUCCUUAGAGAAGCUUCUAGAAGGGGAACAAGUCCAGUGCCAAUAUGGACCAGCGAGAGAAUGAUAUUUCCUUCGAGGUCACGAUCUGGACAAUUUCAAAGGAAAUAUGAUGGUUGUAUCAGUUGUCUUCUUGCUCUUCCAAGAAUUCAUUCGACAUGAAAUAUGCACGGAUGUGUUCCUUUUGAAAAUCCAUGUAUAAUGUGGGACAAUGUUGUAAUCUAUUGAAACAUGUUUUGGGUGUGUAUGAGCUGCUGGAAGGUUAAUCUAUUAGAAGUUUGAGUACGUGGGAUAAUUUUUUGUUUCGUUUUCUUUUUUUUCUUUUUUCUUUUUUUUUUUUGUGAGGGGGUGGGGGUGUGUGGGGGAGAGCACCUACAUGGAGAAAUGAAGGUAGUUUAUUUCGACCUGUAUUCUGAAGUUGAAAUGUCAUUAAUGACUUGGUAAGAGGUUUUUGGAUUCGCAGCAACUGUAAUUGCAAUGAGAAUGUCAUUUGCACCA